UCGUAGAUCGUACUGAAUUUUCUCCUUUUCAGUAGAGAAUUUACUAGGAUUUAGACUCUUCCAUACUAGUAAGUGUUCACAUAUUGAAUAGUGAAAAAAAUGUCGAAUCACAAAGUACUAGACAAUAUAAUGGAUACCGUGUUAGAACGGAGAGGAUCAAAAUCUGUAGCAAAAUCAGAUUGGAAAAAGUCUACUGGUAAAAACUCGAGAGCAAGGGGGGCAGGAAGCAAACUGAGUAUCCAUGCGCAGACAAGAGAAAGGUCAAUGUCGUCUGACCUAGAUAGUAUGGAUAUGCUAAGGUCAAUCAAGCGUGGAGUUAAGUACGAAAAUACUUUUCGUCUAGAACCAAAGGACGACGAACUAUUUUCAUGUUCUAAGAUGGAAAAAGCAAUGCAAGAGAUUAUGGAAGAAGUAAUCGGCGACGCACCUUACGACUCCGUCACGUGCAAUACUCUAGUUCAUACCGUAUCCAAUCAGAUCAAAGAUAGAGCCAAAAUAUUCCCAUGGAAACGGUAUAGGUUCAUAGUUCAUGUUAUCUUAGGACAGAACACGAAUACAUCAAUAAAAGUAGGCAGCAGAUGUAUAUGGGAUGAACAUCGUGACACUUUUGCUACUGCUUCAUAUGAGAACAAAACAAUAUUUGCCAUGGCAACAUGCUUUGCAGUGUAUUUGGAUUGAGCAUUUUAUUUUAUUCCACGUGUUACUUUGACAAAAAAUGGCACCGCGACUUGAAUUUGCCGUUUAUUUGGAUUGAUUAUUUCAGAUGUUCCCUCGUGUUAUAACUUUGACAAAAAACAGAAAUGUAUCGAAUUUUCUUUAAAAAGGAGAAUUUAAUCAUCGUUUUCAAAAGUGCAUGGGGUCUUGAAUGGUGUUUACAUCAGAUUGAUAGACCAUUUUUGUAACAAUUGCCUAAAACAAAACUAAAACUGAAGAAAGAGAGAGAAAAAACAAGAAAUAAGACGAUACGCUUAACGUUAUUGGAAAACUGAAGAAAUUAUACAUGUAUUUUUUGAGACAUGUAAAUAUAAUGUUAUUGUUAUGAGCUUAGAACUGUCAUAAGCAUACUUUAUAAAGUUAUAAAAUAAAUACACAAUUGUGUGGUGUUGAAGUGACACCACAAAUCUCAGACUGA